UUUGGAUGGGCUGGCUCUCGAGCACUGAUGGAGCACAAGAUGGUCGACAGCUCUGAAGAGGAGGACCGCGAGCUGCCGCCGGAGAUCUGGCGCCUCGUCUGCGACUGCCUCGUGCCGAAGCAACUGGGCCGCCUCGCGCGCACGAGCCGCGACGUGCGGACGGCGGUGCGGGGCAGCCCCGCGUUUCGACAACUGCUACGCUGCGACGGCGUAUGGGAGGACGUACACGAACGGAGCAUUCUUGGUGUCGCCGUGACGGGCGACAGCAUCGUCACGGCGUCCGAGGACCAUACCCUGAGGAUCCUCGCCGCCACCGACGGGAGCUGUCGCGCGAUCCUCGAGGGGCAUAUGAACCGCGUGCGGUGCGUCUGUAUCAUGCCGGACGGGCGCAUCGUGUCCGGAUCGCGCGAUGGGACGCUCAUCGUGUGGGCGCGAGAUGGCAGCCACCUCCGAACGCUGGAAGAAGGACCUACGGACUACGUCUGGUGCGUGGCUGCACUGUCCGAAGACCGCGUCGUCUCCGGGUGUAGGGGUGGGAGAAUAUAUCUUUGGGACGUGAAUUCUGGUCGCGAGAUUGAGAUGUUUGGAGCGGGUAGCGCCGUCCGGUGCUUCGCGGCCCUGCCGGACGGUACGUUGAUCGCGGAUGGAGGAGAGGGCAGACUAAACGUUUUCGACGUGGCGCAGGGAAAGCAUGGAAACAUCAUACAAUCGCGGUGCCACACGGGGCCACAUGAGGGGAGCAUCACGUCGGUUGCUGUUCCGUUCGAAAGCGUCGUCGUGGCUGGCCGUGGGAACGGCUCGCUUUCGCUCUGGGACCUUAAUGCAGACGAGGACCUCAUAGAUAUAGAUGAUAUAGAUAAUGUCUUCACGACACGUGGACACGAUGCAGCUGUCUGGGCCUUGGCGAGCCUGCCAAACAAACGCUUCUUGGCGGCCGACGGCGACGGAGUACUGAAGAUUUGGCGCGCCGACCUGGCUCUCGUACCCGAGGCCCUUCGGUCGCAACGUUUUCCCGAUAUCGAUUCUGAUUAUUCUGGUUCUGAUUACAGCGCUUUCUAUUCCGGUCCUUUUCCCUUGACCUGCCUCCAGACGCUGCGGGGCCACGCUCGCGCGGCCUUCUGCCUCGCCGCGCUGCCGGACGGUAGAAUCGUCUCGGGAUCCAUGGACCGGACGCUUCGAUUCUGGGCGCCCGUGGGAACUCAGAUCGACCGUGAGCGGGAUGCCCCCUCGCGAGUAAGCUGAUGAAUGUGCUUGUUUGUUUACUUG